AUGGCACAAUCUGUCGAUGCAAGGAAUCCUGUCCAACCCGAAACACUACGAUCCCAGUACAAUGCCGGGCAAGAUGCUGAUGCUAAUUCCAUGCAUGGUGACACUACGGUCAUCACCACAGCGACGCCAAAACGUCAAUAUCUCAACCUGAAUCCUCUGAAGAAGCUCGAUUUGCCCCAUCAUCAGGCAUACAACAACGCUGCUUCAGAUCAUAAUGUAAGCUUAGUGCACUUUCUCGACAGCCUCUUUAGCGAAGUACGAAGAAUUCAAUUCGAUGAAGGUUUUGAUAACCGCGGGACCUGGAGCCCCGACAGUGGAAAUGUAAUGAUGCCUCCAUUGAACGCUACGGAGCGCAACGAUGAGAUUCCUGUACCAGUCUCGGUCGAGAAGCGCAUCAAAGACUUGAACCAAGCCAAAUGGGCAGUCAGGACUUCUACUCAUAGCAAUACCCAUGUCAAGUUUUCCGAGUUGGGAGACCUGCUGGCAAAAGACCACAGUCGCAAUGAAGCUACCUAUACGCCGAGCGUUUUCGACGCCAUCGAACUUUUGAAGUGGGACCACGAAGAACUAUUAAAAGCUGUACAGCGCUCAGGUCACCAUGAGGAAAUUCACAGUGUAGAAAUGUUUAUAUCUCAAAUGUUCCAUAUGAUGCCCAAGGUCGCUGGUCUUAGCUUACUACAAGACCGUGUAUUCCAUGUGUUGGUCGUCACAGCAAACACAUACCAGAAGGAGGCUCCUUCUGAGCUCUACAAAUCAUUCACCGUUCAGCUUCCGAUUGAUUAUGCAUCAUUCGGCGAUGUCAAGAUCGUACAAGAGACGAGUCGAAUGAAGAUGGGAGGUUCUUCCCAAUGCUACCAUUUCCCUUCCAGCGCGGAGUCUGGAUCAGCACCUGAUGCAAACCAGAAGCAGCGACAGGGGAAGAAGCUGACAGAGGGCACCUACGUCUCAUUGGAAAGGCUCAUUGGAGCAGACUCUGCGAACAACGACCGUCAUCGUUGGGAUAUGGUAGGCCUCGUGUUUCAGGCGCUAGUGGACCGCGAGGAGACAGCAUUCGCGAUGCAGAACUACGGGCAAGCCCCAAGCUUCACCGGACAGGCUGGCCCUCCACCAGUGCCACCGCCGCCCCCUGGAUAUGGAGCUUCUCAGGGUUACCAAGCAUCCGCUCCUCAAGCCCACGGUCAAUGGGCUGCGCCGACGCCAACACAUACAUCAGGCCCAUGGAAUCAAGCGCGACAACAAGGGACGGAAGGAUACAACCCAGGCACAUAUGGCACUAUGCCAGGGGCGCAGCAUCAUUCACACCAACCCCCGCCUCAGCAGGACCAGCCCCCUCCGCCUCCGCCGAAACCCUAUGGCUUCGCAGCGGCAGUCCAACGGCAAGAGCAACAGCAGCAGAGCACGCAGAAUUGGUCGCAACAUUCGCAACAGACCACCGGGUACGCUCCUCAUGCGCAACAGGGAGGGUAUCCAGUGCAGGGGGCGCCACAACACCCCUAUCAUCAAGCAGCUCCUCCUCCAGUAGCUCCAACAUGGCAGCAGUCACAGCAUGCGCCCCACCAGAGCGGCGCAAACAGCUUCACGCAAUCUAGGCCAACUGUGGACACUGCUUUUUACUCACAAGGUUAUCAUACUACACAGCAGCAACAAGCACCACCUCUGCCUCCACGGCAUAGCCUACAGAGCCUGCAACAUUCAGAACACCACCAAGCUCAGUACGGAUAUCCAACGCUUGAUCAAUACCCACCACCAUCGCAGACACCUCACCAGUUGCAGCAAUCGGCAGGCCAAUACCCGCAGCAGCAGCAACAUCAACACCAAGGUCAUUUCGGGAGUGUGGUACCAGCUCAGCAACAGCCAGUCGGACAACCAGUAUAUCCACAAGCACAACCGUAUCAACAGCCCGUACAGCAACAACACGGAUAUUCACUGUAUGAACAGCACGGUCAGCCCCCUUCACAAGACUCGCACUUCCAGAGACCGUGGCAGCCUGCGUCUCCAGCGCCUGGGCCCAAUUAUCAACACAAUAUAGCACAGACGUAUGAGCCGCACCAGCAGCCCUCGCAAUCAGGAAAUCAGACACAAAGUUCUUUCUCGGGACAGCAGUACUCUCAGACAACAAACCAAGAGGUUCGAGAACCAAAGCCAUUCAAUCGAAUUGGUACCGCUACGUCUAAUUUCUACCAUCAGCCAAGCCCACCGAGUCAACCCGUGUCUCCGAUAUCGAAUCGUCCGAGUGUAAGCUCCGCGUCUGGUUACCAGCCCGUGUCUGGUCGCACUGACUCCGUGAGCUCCAUAGCUCUUGCCAAUCUCUACGCACAGCGAGCAGACAAUAGGACAUCCUCGCCAAACCCUCCUGCAUCCAGACUACCUAUACCACCUCCACCCCGUGAUGACAAGUCGAGGUUUAGUGUGCUAGCUGCUGGAGCGCCUUCUGAUUGGGAACACUUGGGUGGCAGUGAGGAAAUCGACGACGAAGAACUCUUCGGAGUAAAGAGAGAGGAAAAGAAAAACGAGACUAUCCAACCAGAAAGCGUUGAGCUGCCUGCCCACGGUCCAUCUGCUCCCUCCACACAUGGAUUUCCCAGUCCCGCAGUACGUCCCGCACACGUGAGUUCGAGCGAGUGGGACGAAGGUUACACACCCACACCGCCAUCUGUAACAAGUCUUGCUGAGCGACAAGGAUCGCCGUCGCCCAACCAAGGGUUCGCAGUAGAAGAUGCCAUCGUAGCGCCCUUGAGAACUACACCAAAACCUAUGCAUGGUACGAAGCCUCCUCAUCAACCUGCUGUGCUCGUAACAGAGUCUGCCAUAACCGAAGGCGGAUGGAAUCCAUCACAACACACCCCGACACAACCAAAGCAUCAUUUCAACUCACAGAGUAACAAUGAAUUUCAAGAUGCAGAGAUCCCCAGUCAUGAUUAUGCUGUGAAGUUGAAAGAGAAGGAUAACCUUCUCCAUCAGCUGCGCGCAGAUGCAGAACGGGAAAGUGCUGAACUACACGCGAGGAUUGAGGCACUACAAGCUGAGAAUCAGAAACUUUCAUCUGAGUAUCAAGCCAACAAGACGCACAGUACGAGCGAGAUGAUCGUCUUACGUGCGCAAAUUGAGACUAUGAGAACAGCAGCAGAUCAGGCCACUGCCAAUUCCGAGGCUUUAGUGAAGGAAAAGAACAUGACAAUUGAAAGACUGCAAGAAGAUGUGGAAGGCAAAGAACACAAUAUCGAGGAACGUGACAAUGUUGUCGCUGAGCUAAAACGCCAACUUGAAGCCGAAAAUCUGAGAGAGUUGCCGAAACCCACCCCUUCUGAUCUUAUCUCGGAUAUCGACCCAUGGUACGUUGGCUCAUUAGAGCGAUACAUAGCUAUGCUUCGUAGUGAGGCAACAGCACCACUAGUUGAAGAGAAGAUGAAGAUUUUCAGAGCGUUCAUGAAGGUAGAGUCUAGCAUGCGGGCAAUCAAAUUUUUUGACGCCUCAACGCAAACGCUUCCAGUAGUGCCAGAGGUGCCGCACGAGACAGAUCAAGUUGCGCGCUCUCGUGCAGCUUCAGACGUGUCCACCAGAAGGCAGGACCUGAACAUACAAGUUCCGCACAGGUCUGCAUAUGAAGACGACUAUGAAUAUAGUCCUGGUGGAAGGCCUAUUCUGGCACGACAGAGUACGAUACCGAUUAUUGAGAAUUACCAGGGUGCUCCAAAGGCACCUCCUUCGGUAGUAUCAACAACAAUCCUAACCCCGACAAGCUCUAUUGACGACGACACGAACAAAACGCCAGUACAGUCGUUGCCCGAAGAGCAGAUGCAACCUCAAUACAAGGCAUACGUUCCUCCUGCUAGCAUAUCUGUCGACCCUCCUCAGCUGAGGCACAGACAAACGAUGUCUUUCUCUAAUACUCCAGUUGUGGCUUCACCGUCAGGGCGUAGGAGCAGCAAGGGACAUGAUGAGAUCUUCUUUGAAGCUCAUCGAGCGACUGCGCAGACGCCUGCUGCUCAACCGUCCAGUAGCGAAGCAGAUGUUCCUUUGCCCGCGCCAUUGACGCUAACUCCACGUCGCCCAACAUCCACCGCUGCACCAUCGAAAGAAGAUCCCAAUCAAGUUCUCAAAAGACUGUUGUCGAAGCGAAUCGAUUCGGACCUUCCAAACCGCCGGAUACAGGACCUUAGAGCUAAGCUAGCAGAUGUUGGAUCGAAAUCCAGCAAGGUCGAAGAGCUUACCAAGACGUGGGAGAAGUCGGCAUCUCUAAGCCGCCGCAAAAAGGACGACGCUCGUCGCAAGCGCCAAGAAGAGAAUGAGGAGCACAAUGACGAUUUAUUCAACAGCAAUGAGAUUUCUUAUGCAGAGAUGAACCAGCUCGAAGAAGAGUUCAAGCAGAAAGAAGCAGAGCUCAAAGCACAAGAAGACAGAGACGAAUAUCAGAGCUAUGUCGACGCCGUAUUCGACCCGGUCUUCACUGGCCUACAUGGUGAGAUCAAGACCCUCAUGGAUCUGUAUGUCGAAGCCAAGCAGCUACUGCAUUCCUCUGUACAUGGACUCAGGAGUCUAGAGGGAACAGAUGAUCCAAGCACGAAAGAUUGCUUGGAACUGCUGAGGGAUGUCCACGAACAGAUCGAGAAGAGACAUGACAGCGUUGCUCAGCUCGUUGCAGAGCGCGACAAACGCUAUAAAAAGACUGAGACGCAACCUUUGUACGCCGCUGGCAACAUCAGCCAGAUGAAAAUCGUAGAGAAGCACUUUGAGAACGCUGAGAAACAAGCCAUAUUUGGAGUUAAGCGCGAGAAGGCUGAGCGUGUAAGCGAGCUUGUCCGAAUUAUUGGGGAGAUCGUCGUCGAUGCAGUGAGCGAUGAGCAAAAAGAAAUCGACUACGUCAUUGAAGCUAUCAAAGAUCUCAAGGACGGUACUGGCGACCCGGAGGUCCUUUCUCAGGCACAAUCGACUCUCAAAGCCCUGAAAAGGUCAUCCAAGGCUCUUCUCUCCUUCUUCAAUAUGCUGGAGAUUGAAUCUAACAAUGCCGACAUAGAUGCCGAAAUUGCACAAGUGAAAGCUGAUAAGGCGGACGCAGAACGUAUAGGGGAAUUGGAGGCUGAGAAAAAAGAAGCUAGGAAGGAGUUAGUGGAGGAAUUCGAAAGGAGAAUUCGUGUGCUAGACAGCAAUGAGGGCGAGAUUGCGGAGUUGGCGCGAAAAAAGAUGAGGAAGAGUGGUGAGGACGCGGAGAAGGAAGAGCGGCUACGAACCGCAUUAGAAGAAGCGAAAAGGCGAAAUGGACAUGCCUGA